AUGUUCGCAAUAAGAGUGGCACAAAAUGUGUUGCGCCCCCAAAGACGCAAACUAUCGCAAGUCGCCCAAGACCUGACCUACACGCAACUGCAAGGAUCUGACACCGGAAUAACCGUUUUCGGUUUUAACCGCCCCAAACAAAAGAACGCCUUAAGUGCCAACCUAGUAACCGAAUUACAGAAAUCUCUCCAGAAAAUCACAUUCGACCCCUCGGCCCGCGUAUUAAUAGUGCGAAGCCACGUCCCGGGGGUCUUCUGUGCCGGAGCGGAUCUUAAAGAACGCGCAACGAUGCCUCAAGCGGAAGUCGGUAAAUUCGUCUCAAACCUGCGAAGUCUCAUGGACCAGUUCCACAACCUCCCUAUCCCCGUCAUAGCCGCCUUGGAUGGCGUUGCUUUGGGGGGAGGUCUGGAGAUAUCCCUGGCUUGUGACAUUCGGGUCGCUUCAAGUGACUGUAAAAUGGGGCUAGUUGAGGGCAAAUUGGCCAUAAUACCGGGGGCCGGAGGCACCCAAAGACUCCCCCGGCUUAUCAACCCCUCAAUCGCCAAGGAAUUGAUAUACACGGCACGAACAAUCGACGGUGGUACCGCCCACCGAUUGGGUGUUGUCAACCACGUGGUGUCACAAAACGCCAAUCAGGACGCAGCUUAUUUGAAAUCACUGGAGUUGGCGCGCGAAAUAUUACCGAAUGGACCUGUGGCGGUCCAAAUGGCCAAAAAGGCCAUCAAUAAGGGGGUUCAAGUCGACUUAAGUUCGGGAUUAGCGAUCGAGGAGGCGUGCUAUGCUCAGCUGAUACCGACCAAGGACAGGAUAGAGGGACUACAGGCGUUCAAGGAGAAGCGAAAACCGAAUUAUAUUGGCGAAUGAUUAAAAAAAAAAUUAAAGAUCAAAUAAUUUUUCAA